AUGGGGAAAGGCCAUGCCGAAGAUGCAAUCUCGACAGCGCAGUUUGCUCGUACAAAGUCCGACGGAAACCAGAAUCGGCCGGUGCUACUCAGAGGUGGAUAUACCAAUCUUUUACUUCAGCACCACUCGGCUCUCACGGCAGGCCUCAUCAGACUAUACUCGAGGCUGCUUGAGGGGAAAGGAUGGGAUGGUGCGCCGGUGGAUGAAGUAAACGGCAGUCCCAGCGUCCAUUGCAUACUGGAACGAAUUGGCGUGAUUGGAGCUGACGAGGAAUUUGACGAAGACCUCGACACCUCAGAUCACAACGAGCGACCGCAACUUGCACCCAUUAAAGAAGCCAGCGCGCCGGCUGGAGUCAAGAAACCAGCAAAGUCAAAACCGCACCACGCCGCGGCAAAACGCAGAUCGCAGAGUCGUGUGUCAUCGAUCCAGACAGAACCAGAGUCAGGGAUCGACAAGUCCCGAAACUCCUCGCAGCACGUCCGAGGUAUACGGCUAGCCUCGCCAUCGAACUCAGAGAUGUAUUCUACCGUCUUUGAAUCUGGAAGCUCCGACACCCCUUCCACCUGGGAGUCACCCGGCUUUGCUGACGAGCUCUUCUCGGCCUCCGCCACAAACGGUGAUGCUCAGAUCCGGUAUGAACGAGACAUGGACACGACAUUUCCGACCGAGCCUUCCUUCCCGACCCAACAUCACCAGCUCCCCGAUGCAAAUCUCAACGCGCAGUCCACGGCACCACUUCCAUUUGACAGUGGCUUCGAAAUGCAGGUCACGGACAACUUUGUCGAUGCUACUUGCGAUAUGAACUUUUACGACUGGGACGGCAACAACUCAUUCGGUAUCGGAACAGAGCCGGGACUGUUCGUACAAAGAAACAACACUUGGAACCCUUCGGUGUUUGCGUGA